AUGCUCCUCGAGUCCCCCUUAGAGAAGUGGCAGGCAGCCGACCUGAGGGAUGCGGGGGAGUGUGCGCGGGAGACGGUGGACCUCAUCAACUGCGUGCUCGACCUCGCCAAGCUGCAGGCCGGCCGCCUGCAGCUCGAGGCUCUGCCGCUUUUCCUGCCCCGCCUUGUUCAGCAAGCUGUCAUGCUUGCCGCACAAGACGCGUGCACUCGGGGUCUGGAAGGCUUGCCGGAAGUGCUGAUGGGCGAUCCAACCCGACUGCUUCAAGUCGUGGGCGAGAUCACGUGUGAGUGGAUUGGUUGUUGA